GUAUCUUCAGGGUAACAAUCUAAGUAACCUUCCAUAUGGUAUCUUCUGUUUGAAACCCUUGUCCAUUCUAGAUUUAAGCAACAACCAGAUUUCUACAUUGGGAGUGUGCAGUAAUUUAUUUAAUUUAAGUGAAAUAAACUUGAGCUUCAAUCCAUUUGUGUGCGAAUGCCAGCUUUUGCGGUUUGUGUCGUGGAUCGCGGAAAACCGGGUGACGGUGCACCAAGCCGAGUCCACGCAGUGUGCCACUCCAGCCGAUGUGCAAGGGGUGCACUUGUUAAACAACAGCCUCUCAAGAAUCAUGUGUGACCAAAGCUACGUGUCCUGCCAGCUCGAUGAGCACACGGGGAAGAAGGAGCUUGUCAUCUAUAAGUCCGUCACACCGGGGAACUUCACGAAGGAGUCCUGCAACGCCCUGUGCGUCAGCACACGCAACGUCUACGGGGCCAUCGGCCAGAAGAACGAGUGUUUGUGCAGCAACAAUUUUGAGACGAACCUGAUCAGCGAGGCCCAGUGCUCCUCGGCGUGCUCCGACACCUCCAUCAUGCACGGCUGCGGCUGGACUCUGGCCGAGCAGCCCUUUCUGGUCAGUUUCUUGGCCUCUCUAAGCCCCCCGGGCACCAUCGACCUCUAUGAAGUGGCCAGGCUUAACGUCAGCAUUUCUGCACCGGUCAGUGCCUUAAUGUGGGAUUUCGGCGAUGACAGCCCGCAGAUAAACACGAGUAAGAGGUCCGUGGCCCACAAGUACGCACUCCCCGGGCAGUACUGGGUCAACGUCACUCUCGUGUCGGAGAUCAAGAACAUCUUCGUCCACACGGAAAUCAGCGUGGUCGCCCCGGAAAGGUGGGAACUGCGGUGUCCCGUGGCGGUAGUAGCCAAUCACAGCAUUGACAUCAGCAUGGUGGCCUGGGAUGGCCCCAACGGAACCGCGCAGUGGUGGAUCGUACCCCAUGACGAGAACGCAGGGCAAGUGAACUUCUGCUCACUUGACGAUGGUGGAGCUGCUCGAAGUGCCCCCUGUUACCAGCUUGUUAAGGGUGGUGCAGCACUGGAGGAAGCCCAGCAGAAUUGCUCCAAAGGGGGCGCCGCAGGACGUCUGGCUGUGCUGAGAAGCCCACAGACUUGCACAGUUCUGGCAGCGGGCAUGGAGAGCGAUGGACACGCAUGGAUUGACUUCCAGCAGGGGGCCACUAAAGACGGGAGGAACGUCACAAAUGAAGAAGCUGCUUGCUUUUCCCUUAACGCCACUGGCCAUGUGAAUCCCACGGCAUGCUCUGCCAGGCACGGCUUCAUCUGUGAAUACUUACCGGAAGAGAAGAUCCUGAACCCAGAUUACUUCAUGGAGGGGACCGUGACCUUCAAUUCAAUGUCACCUUUUGCCACCAUCAACACUGUUGCAUCUCUGGGGACACCGUCAGGGAGUAUUGAGCUCCUCAUGUUCCCGGGUGUGAGCUUCAGGCAGGAAGGAGUUCUGGCCUCGGUGGAGUUUGUGACGCGCCACUUGAAUCGGACCACCCAAGUGAGGUUUCAGUUUUUCCGUCCACAUUGUGAACACUAUGGGCUGCACUUGGCUCUUCCAGGUUGUGGAGAGGCCUGCACUUCCACCUCUGUCUGCCAGCCUAAGGCCAGCGGUGCCCCUCAGGCUCCAUGCCCACCAGGGUACCAGUGGUGUCAGUUCUCCGCCAAUUGCCUGCCGCUGAGGAAUUCUUGCCAGCCUGCUUUGUGCAGCAACUGCUCUGGCGUGGACUCCCCUCCAGCUGGCGCCCACCUACCUGAACUGCGCUUUGUGAAGGAGCUCCUCCUGGUGCUGCCACCCGGUGGUCCGACUCAUUAUCUGGCGCACGUUUGGGGUGACAACACAACCGUCCUCCCAGGUGACACAGUUGCCGUGCAGCACGACGCAGACCCCGGCUCCUUAAUCGACUGCCACCCCGACGCGUCUUCGCCAUGGCGGCAGGACCAUCUUCAUAUGAACCUUUCGGAGUGGACAAGAGACCCAGAGAACAAUGAAUCAAACGUGCAGAAGGUCAGGGACUCGGUUUGUAACCUUAGAUUUCGAUACACGAGCCAAAGAGAAAGCCCGUUUGACCAUGAAGUGCUAAAGAUGGGCCUCCCGACCCAAGGCAACUACACUUUCUACGCACGGACGAAAAGCAGAACUCUGGCCGACGCUCUUUCCUGCACUUUCCAAGUGGUAGCUCCACUGGCCUUGACGGUCGUCUACCCGACUCCUCAAGACGGCAUCAUCUAUGUCUCACGAGACCAGAGCUUCAUACUGGUGAAAGUCCACUCCAAAGGCAACGUGACAGCCCACUGGGACGGAAGCAACCAGACCUUCACCUUCACGAGUAAAUGUCCGGCCGAGGCAGCCCACCUGAAGGAAUGUGCAGCGGACUCGAGUGACGGCACCCAGUUUGCAGUUGUCGAUCUGGACCUCCUGAAUUCCACCUCCGUCUCUUUUCUUCUCACCGCUGAGGACGGAGUGAGUCGUGAAAACCUCACACUGGCGGUCAAAGUUGAGGACGCCGUCAGAGGCCUUCGUGUCCUUCCCGACCCAAACCAACGGGUUCUGGUUAAUUUAUUAGUGAGUUACACUGCGCAAGUGGACGCCGGCUCCGAAGUUAGCUUUCGCUGGACUGUCGACGACAAGCCCUCCUUCACGUACUACAACACCGUGCUGAACGUCAUCUACCAGAACGCGGCCGUCUACAAGCUUUCGGUCACCGCGAUGAACCACGUCAGCAACGUCACCGAGGAUUUCAACGUGACUGUGGACACGAUGUGGAAGAUGAGCCACCUGACUGUCACCGGGGUCCCCGAUGUCACGGCUCAGAACGCGACGCUCGCCUUCAGUGCCCGAGUUCAGGUGGAUUCGGCCGUGGAGGCGACUUUCCGGUGGAUGUUCGGGGACGGAGGCAAUGAAACGGCUCACGUUAAGCCCCCUUACGGCGCCACCCUCGAUGUACCACAGGCCGUGGUGGAAAGCAACGUCACUUACGCUUACAGGGAAGCAGGAGAAUACACGUUGACCCUGAUCGUUUCCAACCACCAUGAAAACCUGAGCCACGCGGUGCCCGUGUCCGUCCGCCUGCUCCUCACCGACGUCCUCAUCGAAGUGACUUCACCCAUCCUGGUGGUCAAUCAGACGGCCGUAUUCAGCGCCCGCACCCUGCCCUCUUCGGACGGGGUCCUUUACACGUGGAGCUUCGCCGACGACUCUGAGCCUUCCCAGGGCCAGGAGCUCGAGAGUUACGUCUUCCGAAAAAGCGGCCUCUACAACGUGAGCGUCCAGGCCAAUAACACGGUCAGCUGGGCUCAAACCAAAAUCGGCGUCAUGGUGUUCGAGGAGAUCACGGGGCUGGCGGCCUCCUCCAGCUCGCCCACCGAACUCCACACGGAGACGGCGAUCGUGGCCUCCGUGGAAACGGGCAACGACAUCUUCUGGACAUUCGAUAUGGGAGACGGGACCGUGCUGAGCGGUCAGCGGCCCUCGGUGCGGCACAGAUACGUCAAGGAAGCCAACUACACCGUGAACGUGAGCGCUGCCAACGCAGCCAGCGCCUCCUGGGUGACCCUGAGCGUGGAGGUGUUUGUGCUGGAGGUGCUGCGGCUCGAGCCUAGCAGGUGCAUUCAGCAGCUCCUCGACGUCAGCUUCGUCGCGUUUGUGUCUGGGAAUUCCUCCCUCUACGUCUACGACUGGAACUUUGGGGACGGCUCCCCGAAUCUGACGGUCCGGGGCAGCUCGGAGGUGGCGCACCUCUUUGAGAACAGUGGGCUUUAUCACCUCUCCCUGGCACUCUCCAGCAGCGUCAACAAGGCGAACUUCUUCACCAGCGUGUGCGUUGAGCCCCUGAUCGCCAACGUGUCCCUGAUUGUGCUCAACCCGUACACCCGGCUGGGUGAAGAGAGCCGGUUUUCCGCCAAGGCCUUCCCCGAUUACGCGUACAGCUACGUUUGGGAUUUCGGCGCCAAUGAUUCGUCUCUGCGAGGGUCCGGUGAGGUAGCCUUCACUUACCAGGCCACGGGACGCUAUGUGGUGACGGUCACCGUGCUCAAUAACAUCUCGUCCAUCAAUGAUACCGGGCUGGUGGAGGUUCAGGAGCCCGUUGGCCCGGUCGGCAUCGAGCAUAACGGAACAAAGUGGAACAACCUCACGGUAUCCCAGUCCUACGCCUUCACCGCGUCUGGCGGCCACAGGAUGACCAACUACACCUGGGACUUUGGAGACGGCACCGUCCAGUCGGGCCCCAGUGUCACGCACGCCUACGAGGUGACGGGCCUCUUCAACGUUUCUCUCGUCGUCGGCAAUGACGUCAGCAGCAGCGAGUCGCAGGUGACGGUGGCGGUCAGGAGCCCAAUCCGUGACCUGAAGGUGACCGCCAGUCGCAUCAAUGUUCCCUUGAAUGGAUCGGUAUGCUUUGAGGCGUCCCACUCUGCAGGGGACGAUAUCCGCUAUUCCUGGAUCCUGUGUGACCGGUGCACGCCCAUCAACGGCCAGGUGACCAUCUCCUACACGUUCCGCUCCAUCGGCACGUUUAACGUCAUCGUGACCGCGGAAAACGACAUCAGCUCCAUGCAGGCCAGCAUCUUUAUCUACGUGCUGAAGGAACUGGAGGGGCUGCAGAUCGUCACGGAGGACCUCGUUGACGGCUGCUGCAUCGCCACCAACCGAAGCCUGCAAUUGCAGGCCGUCCUCAGGGACGGGACCAACAUGUCCUACGCCUGGGUGAUCCUCAGGCACCAGACAGUGGUUCAGGAGUUCACCAGCAAGGUAAUCGGGUGGGUCUUCCCCGAGGCGGCCCCCUAUGAGGUCGUGCUGAGAGCCACCAACCUGCUGGGCAGCACCAGUGUGAACAGAACGGUCGACGUCUUGGACCCCGUGGGGAGCGUCGCCAUGACGGUGAUGCCCAACCCCGUGAAGGUCAACGCCUCCUCCACUGUCCGCCUGGUGGUAAGCGCCGGGACCGCCCUUUACUACGCCUGGCCCACCGAAGACCAAGGGACAGCGGUGACCAACGAAUCUCAGAGGACCUACAAGUUUGCCGAGCCGGGACUCAAAGUCCUGCAGAUUGUAGUCGCCAACAAAGUGAGUUGUAAAAACGAGAUGAUCCAGCUGAGCGUGCAGGAGCCGGUGGCUCAGGCCUCCUUUGUGGUCCUCGAUCAUCUGAGCCCCUACUACGUGGCGACGGGGUCCGCCGUGACAUUUGUGGGGGCAGUGCAGACGGGUACCAACCUCACGUGGCUGUGGAAUCUGCAGGAGCUGACGCUGUUUGGCCAGAGAGUGACGCACCACUUUAGUGCCCCGGGGGUCUUCACGGUGACCUUAAACGUCUCCAACGACGUCAGCUGGGCCGUAGCGUCAAAGAACAUAAGCAUCCAAGAUAAAGUCGAGGGUCUCGAGCUGAAAGCCAGCAAGAACAUCGCCGCCAUUAGGGAGAACGUGCUCUUCAUGAUCGGCAUCUCCUCGGGGACUUCCGUCAGCUUCCACCUGACCAUCAGCGGCGACUCGUCGGUCUUGUUUUACAACCACAACUACACCCACCAGUUCACCAAGGUGGGCAACUUCAUCGUCAACCUGACGGCCCAGAACCAGGUGAGCAUGGAGAGGACCAGCACCACGGUCUGCGUGAUGGAGCCCGUCAGCCGCCUGCGCAUCGUCAACUGCUGCGAAGACGCCAUUCCAGUCGGGGUCAGCCGCAUCUUCAGUGCCGAAACGCAGACGGGCUCUCCGUUGACCUUCCUCUGGACCUUUGACCUCCACUCGGGGCUCAAGCAGACCAUCAUUGGGAAGCAGGUGUCCUACAUGCCGCUCCAGGCCGGACCCCUGACCAUUUAUCUCAGUGCCUUUAAUGCCCUGGGAAGCCAAAACAUAACCAGGGAGCUGCAGGCCCAGAACCGACUGGUCAGCUCCGCCGUGGACGCCCGGCCGGCCGACACCUUUGUCAACAAGCCGCUGCUCUUUCACGCCUUGGCGCUCCCCAGUGCCAGUCAGGUGUCGUACCUGUGGAACUUUGGCGACGGCUCCGACAGAGUCAGGACCACCUUCGCCAACAUCUCGCACGCCUAUUUGCUCGAGGGGAACUACACCGUGGAGGUGAAUGCCAGCAACCUCGUCAGCUUUGUGAUGGCUUGGAAAAAAAUCACCAUCCGAGUCCUGGGCUGUGACGAGCCCGAGGUGCUGCCCGUCUUGUCUCACAUCGUCCUCAAAAGGUCGCAGGGCAACUACCUGGAGGCAGCGGUGGACCUGCGGGGCUGCACCAAGUACGACGUCACCUACCUGUGGCAAAUCUAUCGCUCUGCGACCUGUGCCGACCGUCGGGAGCCAAUGAGGGUCCGGCUGCCGGCCGAUGUGCGGGGUCCUCAGCUGGCCCUUCCCAAAAUGAGCCUGGAUCUGGGCAGCUACUGUGUGCUCUUCUCCUUGUCUUACGUAGGAGUGCCGCUCACCAAGACCAUCGCUAUCGCCUUGAGUGUGGUCCCCAGCAGACUCGUGCCGAUAAUCGAUGGGGGGACAUUCCGGGUUUGGUCCAAAACUCAGAAUCUGGUGCUGAAUGGCGACAAGUCGUAUGAUCCAAACCUUGAAGCAGACAGCCAGUCUCCACUGAACUACUCGUGGGCAUGUGUGUCUUCCUCAAAGACGCCAUCCUCUGGCUGCAAGUUGAACUGCACGUCCAAAGACAAGACACUGGUGAUCGCCGAGAACCUGUUAGAGGUGAAUGUGGAGUACACGUUCCUCCUGGGCGUCAGCAAGCCGAACAUGAGCCCCGAGUACACCAACCAGACAGUCUUGGUGAAGAAUGGCACCAUCCCCAUUGUCUCCAUCGAGUGCAUCUCCUGCAAGGCCCAGUCAGUCUACGAAGUGAGCCAGAGCUCCUACAUCUACCUGGCAGGAACCUGCAGCAACUGUCAAGAUAACCUGCACACGGGGCGCUGGUUUGCACGCAGCUCGGAGAAUCAAUCCCUGGAAUUGAACAUGACCACAACUUCCACUGGACGCUUUGGCAUGAACCUGGUGGUCAGGCAGGGAGUCCUAAAAGACGGAGACACAUACAUCUUCAGCCUGCAUGUGCGAGACCCUCUGAUGGAGAACGAGGGGUUUGCUUCAAUCGUUCUUAGGCCCAAUCUGCCACCAGCUGGGGGAUUCUGCACCAUCAGCCCCAGCAGCAGAGUCAACGCUUUGACCACAAAAGUCCACUUCAGCUGCUCCGGUUACCAGGACUCGGAAGAUUCCGGAACGCCGCUGAUCUACAGUCUGACGGCUUCACGCUGCAGCGCCCGGGACCACUGCGAGGUCUUCAGCGUCUACAAAGGGUCCAACCCGGAGUACUCGGCCUUCUUUCCCAUUGGGUUCAGGGAAAGCAACUACCAGCUGAAUGUGUCCAUCACCGUGCAGGACCAGCAGGGGGCAGCCAUUGUGGCCUUGAACCAGUCCCUGAAGGUGGCUCUUCCCGAGCUGCCAGGAGACUUCCAGAGCCUCACUCACUGGAUGUAUCACCAGAUGGAAGGCACCUUGCAGGAUCUGCUGAAGCUUGGGGACCCUCAACAGAUCCGAGAAUACUGCUUGGCACUCAUCACACUGCUGAACGAGUACGAACAAAAUGACAACCAAAUCUUGGAGUCUCAGAGUGAGAGGAGCUGGAGAGUCAUGAUCCGCAGCAACGUCACCCUGGCCCUGAUCUCCCUGAAGGUGAACACCGUGGACGACAUCCAGCAGACUUCGGCGGCGCUGGCUCAGUGCACGGCUGUUAGCAGAGAAUUUAUUUGUGAAGAAUGCCAGCGUAAAACCUUAAACAAAUUGGAGUACAUGUUGACAAUCCUGCAGAACGACACAAAGCAAGGCACCGUGACGCCCACUGAAAUCGCCGACAACAUCCUGAACAUAAUGGGUGACCUGAUUCAUGUUGUUAACCAGCCGGCAGACCCCGAAGAAUCGGAAGACAAGUCCCACUGCUGCACAGACCAGCACCAGCUGCUGGCGUCCAAGGCCUACACGCUGUCCUCGGAGCUGAUGCGCAUCCUCAUGCACUCCCGUGUCCUCAACGAGGAGCCCCUGGUCCUCCGCGGGUCGGAGAUCACCACCAAGGGCAUCCGGGCCGACCCCCUGAACCUGCUCUGCUACCUGCCCGCCCCCGGGUGCCCCUUCUCCAUCCCCAAAGACUUCAACAGCACCCUGGGGGACAGGACGGACGUCAUCCAGGUGCUCUUCCAAGUGCACUCCAACCCGUUCCCCUUCAGCUACGUGAGCAACUAUUCGGUGUCCACAGAGGUGGCCUCCAUGGCCUUUCAGACGGAAGAUGGCACUCAGAUCCCCAUCCAGAGCCUGGGAUCUCGCAGGGCCAUCAAGGUCACGGUGUCCAACACCACCGGCGCCAGGAAGGUGCGCUCUGGGGUGCAACACGUCGAGGCGUGGGGUUCCGUCACAGUCAUGGUGAAGACGGGCAACCAAAACAAGGCAGCCGGAGUGCACAUUGAGGUCACCUUCAACCUGUCGGAUGGUGAAGCGCUGGGUGGCAGGGCAGAACCCUACAUCAGCGUUUGUCUCCACGGUGGGCAAAGCCAGCAGGCGCACAACUGCUCCGCCCAGAGGAGGAUCACCCUGAGCUCGGGCAGCGGGGCCGACCACAAGCUCUAUACCUUCUUCAUCUCCCCAGAAGUCUCGGACACCACCGCAGAUUACUACCUGAACAUCACCAACGAGUGCCCCGCAGCGGUGGACCUGCAGCUGGGCGUAUACACCUCUCUGUGCCAGUACUUUGACGAUCAGGACAAACGUUGGAAGACGGAUGGCAUGGUACCCUUGGAGGAUACCACCCCCCUGAAGGCCGUGUGCCAGACGGAGCAUCUCACAGCCUUUGGUGCCACCUUAUUCGUGCCCCCCAACUCAGUACAGUUCAUAAUUCUGCCUCCUCAGCCGGGCCUCAACUACAUCGUCCUGCUGACCUGCACCAUGUGCUUCAUCACCGUCUCAGUGGUCAUCGUCAUCGUGUGCAAGCUGGACCUGAUCGACAUUCAGCACGUCGGGGUGGUCCCGUUCUGUGGCAAGGACGGACUCUACAAGUACGAGAUCCAGGUGAAGACAGGAUGGGGGCGAGGAUCAGGGACCACGGCUCACGUAGGAAUCAGCCUGUAUGGCAGCGAUGGGAGGAGCGGCCAUCGUCAUCUGGAUGGCAGGAAUGCUUUUGUGCGGAACAGCAUGGACAUUUUUCACAUCGCAACUGACCACAGUCUCGGCAACAUCUGGAAGAUUCAGAUCUGGCACGACAAUAAGGGCCUGAGUCCCUCCUGGUUCCCUCAGUAUGUCAUCGUCAAAGACCUCCAGAGUGGCAAGAAGAACUUCUUCCUCAUCAAUGACUGGCUUUCCGUCGACAACGAUGACAACGGUGGCUUGGUGGAGAAGGAGAUCCUGGCUGCUAGUAAGUCCUGGCCCACUCCUCUGCUUGUUUAGUUAGCCGAGGAGCUGAAGGUGCCACCUUAGAUCUGCUGGGGGGCCGGGGUCACAGACCUGCUUGGCCCCACCAUUCUGCUCUGGUUUCUAAGUUCAUUUUCCCUUCAGAUCAGGUGGGCCGUCACUUUGGUGUUCAGAUGUCACUGAGAGCACAAAUGGGGGGCUUUCUUCUACCUAAUUAGAUAGUACUUUCCCAGAAUCCUUU